AGCAAGAAGAGUUUAACCAUUGAAAACAAGAUUAUUACCAAUAGCCGUAAGAGUUCAUUUAAUGACAAUGACGAUGGCGGCAAAGUCGAUGAAGGACUAGUCGGAACUGGAAAUAGGAAUGCGCCAACAGCUAGUGCAGCUAAACAUCAAUUGAAACAGUUGUACACGAUGCGCGAGGCGCUUUUCUCUCAGGAUGGCUGGGGAUGCCAACACGUUAAUCAGGAUACCAAUUGGGAGGUGCCCAGCUCACCAGAGCCGGCCAAUAAGGACCCAUCGGGGGGGCCGCUAAUGUGGAAGCCAAACAUUAACAAUGGCACCGAUUUGUGGGAAUCGAAUUUAAGAAACGGCGGUCAGCCACCCGCUCAACAAGUGCCAAAGCCAUCUUGGGGGCAUACGCCUUCAUCAAAUUUGGGUGGAACUUGGGGCGAGGACGAUGAUGGCGCCGAUAGCACCAGCGUUUGGACGGGUCAGUCAUCCAAUAGCACAACGUCUGGUGUUGCAGUCGGUGCCAAUGCGCCUGGCGUUGGCGCCGCUGCUGGCCCCCAAUGGGGACAGGCUGUUGGUGUUGGAGUCGGAGUCGGAGUUGCCUUAAACUCGACUGGGAAUAACAAUGCGCCGGCAACAGGAGCCCUGCCUGCCGUGGCUCCCGGAUGUGGAAGUAGUGGCAACAAUUUGGCUGUAAGCGGAACGGUUGGUGGAGCUGGCGGCAAUGUUGGCGGCAGUACUGGCAAUGGUUGGGGUGAUCCUCGAGAUAUGCGCCCGCUGGCUGGAGCCGGUCCCAUGGACAUCCGAAACGUCGAUCCCCGUGAUCCAAUUACAAUGCGUGGUGUUGGCGCACCAACAGGAGAUCCGCGUGACUUGCGCAUGAUUGAUCCUCGGGAUCCGAUACGUGGUGAUCCGCGUGGCAUAUCUGGUCGACUAAAUGGCACGUCCGAAAUGUGGGGACAUCAUCCUCAGAUUGCUCACAACCAGAUUCAGAAUAUUAACAAAAUGGUCGGCCCCGUUGUUAGCGCAACAGGGUCAAAUAUUGCUAGCUCAAAUAUUGGCCCAAGCGGUGUUGGUUCCGUAUCCGGUAAUGUCGGGGCGCAGUGGGGAGCCACACAGGCCGUCGUUGGUGGCCCCAAGGAUAUUUCCAAGCAAAUCACUGGAUGGGAGGAACCCUCACCCCCACCACAACGUCGCAAUAUUCCCAAUUAUGAUGACGGUACCUCGCUAUGGGGACAACAAUCGCGCUUACCUGGAAGCGGUGCCCACUGGAAGGACAUGACAGACUCAAUGAGUCGUAGUCACUUAAUGAGAGCCCAAAAUGCAACGGGCAACAUCGUCGGCAGCGGUAUCGUUGGCAAUAGUAAUGUUCCAGUCGGUGGAAAUCCCAAUAAUUCAAUGGGCGGUGGUGGUGGUGUUGGGCCUCAGUCUCGCCUGGCUAACACUCCUGGCCCCGGUGGAGUUGUUGGCGGCCAGCACGGUAAACCCGACGCCGGUGCCAUGUGGGUGCAUCCCAAUAAUAGCGGUGGCGGUCGAAAUGCUCAAGUAAGCUCUUGGGGCGAUGAUAGUCACAAUGUUGGCGGUGCCGCCGUGUCAGGCAACAACUGGGUCGAUGAUAAACAAAGCACUUCACUUGCACAAAUUGGAGCAAACGCCAACUCGUGGAGUGAUUCUCCUUCGGGUGGCGGCGGCGGUGUCGGUGGCGGCUGGGGGGGUAAUAAACAAAGUAAAUUGCCGGCAGCAGGCGGCGCAUCGUCUGGUUGGAGCAACGCGAAUACAGUUGGAGGCAGUGUGGAAGGCGGCGAUUUGUCAUCGGAUUGGCCACAUGGUGGCAUUGUAGGAAAAUCCCAGCAACAGCAGCAGCAGCAAAAAAUCGCUGGCAUUAAUGUUGGUGUUGGCAUCCUUAACACAGAUAUGGUUAAGCAAAGCAAGCAAUAUAGGCUUUUGGUUGAGAACGGCUUCAAAAAGGAAGACGUCGAAAGAGCAUUACUAAGUACCAACAUGAAUAUUGAGGAGGCAGCCGAAAUGCUCCGGGCAAAUCCCAAUUCGUCUCUGGCAAUGGAAGGUUGGCGCCGUCACGAAGAGGUACUUGGUUCCUACGCUGAUCACUCGAAUACGACAAAUACGGGCGGAUUCCCCCAACGUUAUCCCGUUGGCAGCGCACAGCCAUCGAUGUCAUUCCCUCCGAACAACCUAAUGACCAAUAUGAGCGGUACACCUGGCAAUAACCCGAAUAUGGCUGUUCUUCAGGUUCAAAAAUAUUUGAAUCAAGGUGGGCCGCACAAUGUCGCAAUCGGUGGACCACAGUCGUUAAAUGCGAAUGCAUCGGUUGCAUUUUGCCAGAACGCAGCGAGUGCUGCGCCGGCGGUGAAUAUUGCAUCAAAUGCUAAUAAUCAACCAUCUGGUCAGCACAUUCGCCAGCUUGGUCAGCAAAUUCAAUUGGCCAUCCACAGCGGCUUUAUAUCCAGUCAAAUUUUGACGCAGCCUCUGACACAAAAUACUUUAAAUUUAUUAAACCAACUACUCAGCAGUAUAAAGCAUCUUCAAGCAGCGCAACAAUCUCUUUCUCGGGGCAGCAACGCUAACCCCAUGGUUGUCAAUGUAACCAUUGCAAAAUACAAACAACAGAUACAAAAUUUACAAAACCAAAUAAAUGCACAACAGGCUGUUUAUAUAAAGCAACAGAACUUGCAACAAAAUUCACAACAGCAACAGCAGCAGCAGCAACAUCCAUCCGGACACAUAAAUAACUCUGGAAAUGACUAUCUAAGAAAUCAUGAUGCAAUAACUACACUUCAAGGAAAUUUCUCAGAGCUAAAUCUUAAUAAGCCAAGUGGAUAUCAGGGUGCUCCCAAUCAGCAAUCCCGCUUGAAUCAGUGGAAGCUUCCAGUAUUAGAAAAGGAUACCAUCGCUACGGACAGCACUGAUUUUUCACGAGCUCCGGGCGCAACAAAACAAAAUUUAACUAGCAACUCAAGCAACAUGGGCCCGCUGGGCCUACAAAACGAUGGUACUUGGUCAACUGGGCGCAAUAUUGGAGAUGGUUGGCCAGAUCCUUCAAUUGAUAACGAGAACAAAGACUGGUCAGUUGCACCGACAGCAGCUGCGUAUACCGACUUGGUGCAGGAGUUUGAGCCAGGCAAGCCGUGGAAGGGUUCUCAGAUCAAAAGCAUUGAAGAUGAUCCAAGCAUAACUCCUGGCAGUGUAGCUAGAUCUCCAUUGUCCAUUAAUCCGACGCCAAAAGAUGCUGAUAUUUUUGCCAACACCGGCAAGAACUCUCCGACUGAUCUGCCACCACUAAGUUUAUCGUCGUCAACGUGGAGUUUUAAUCCAAACCAAAAUUUUCCUAGUUGGUCAGACAACAGUCAACAAUGUGCCACCUCAGAACUCUGGACAAGUCCUCUAAACAAAAGCUCAUCUCGAGGACCUCCGCCUGGCUUGAGCACAAACAAAUCGGGCGGCGUUACAGCCACCACACCAUCUCCUACCGUGGCCGGGAACUCCAAUGGUUGGCUUCCUAAUCGUAGUGUUCCCAACACUAAUACAACUUGGACUGGAGCUAAUGCUGCCUGGAACUCCAGUUGGUUGCUCCUGAAAAAUCUAAAUGCUCAGAUUGACGGCUCUACCUUACGUACUUUGUGUAUGCAACAUGGUCCCCUUGUUAGUUUCCACCCAUAUCUAAACCAAGGAAUUGCCUUAUGUAAAUAUACAACGCGGGAGGAGGCUAACAAAGCACAAAUGGCACUUAACAAUUGUGUGCUCGGUAAUACUACAAUAUUCGCUGAAUCGCCCAGCGAGAACGAAGUCCAGAAUAUACUGCAGCAUUUGCCCCAAGCGCCCUCCUCGACUAACUCGGCGGGAAGUGUUGGCAAUGGAAGCGGCGUCAGCAACAUAAGCGCCAGUGUUUCCAACAGCAGCUCUGGUGUUGCGACCCUAUCUGGCGGAAACAGCAACAGCAACGGCAAUGGAGCCGGCGGCAACGGUGGAUCGACUGCAGUCGGAACGAGCGGAGCAGCCAGCAAUGCAAGCGGCGGCGGAGGCAGCGGCAAUUCCGUUGGACCCGGAUCAGUUGGCAGCAGCAGUACAGGUAGCAACAAUGGCAGCGGAAGCAAUAUGAACACGGCUGUAAAUGGUGGCCCGCCAAGUGGUAACGGUGGCAACAAUACCAAAAACCCAACUGCUGGUGGUGCACAGCCAAAUGUUCCCAAUGUGACCCCUGCGGCUGGCGGCAACUCAACGUGGCGUCAGAGUACUCAAAAUCAGGCUCUACAGCAGGGGCCAAGUCGACCAGCCGGUAGGGAAGCAGAUUAUGAUUAUAUAUCUCAAUUCGUUUGUUCCAUAGUUGAUGAUUAAUUUGAUGAUGACCAUGGCAUAGCAUUCUGUGAAUCAACACAUACACACACUGACACAUUACAUACACACUGACACACACACGGACACACGGACUAGAUUCAGCAUGGAAAGCGCAACUAUGUUAUGUGAGAAAAGGUACAUAAAGUGGAUCGACUGAUAAACGAAUGGACUUAGAAUUUUGUAUGCCUGUAGAUUUAUUUUUCUUUAUCGUUCAUAGAUUUUAGGGCCUGUAUAUGUAAGACAAAAAUCGAUAUAUAUAUAUAUAUAUGGUACAUACAAAUCAUACUUUGGAAAUACUUGAUACUUGAAUUAUUUACUUACUAUACUUACACACACACACACAUGCCUACACAUUUACCUUUCCAUUGUAUACAAGUCAAGUGUUCAGUAUCCGGAUUCCCAAAGUUAACGUACAGUUUGACUUUCAAUUUGAAUGGCAGCACAAGAGUCCGAUAGAUAGAUAUAUGUAUAUAUAUAUAUAUAUGUAUAUAUAUAUAUAUUAAAUAUAUGUAUGCACGAGAUUUAUGUGUGAAUACAAUAUAUAAAGACAAAUGUGCAUCUCUUGCUUGAUUAAGUAUGUGUCGUCGUCCCACACACAAGUAUGAAAAAAAACAACACAACUCAUGAGUUGAAAAUUUGAUUAUUUUUUGUAUAUCCAAAAAAAAUAUAUGGAACAACAAAAACUAAAAAAAAAAAUUACCUGUGUUAUAUACAUAAUAGGAAGUUAUAAUCAAUUACGGUUUUGCUUUCACUAAAGCAUUCCCACCGAAAACAAAUUCGGUUAAACAUACAUAAUUAGCUCACAAUAAAAUACUAAUGAAGUAAAUUAGAAAAUCAAUUGCCUUUGAAUAUGUUUUUGGACACCAGAAAUUGGGAACCUAAUUUUAACGGCAUUUUUAUUGCAUGAGUAAAUCUACAUUCAAUUGAAUAUUGAACUUAAAUGGUAGCAAAAUGACUCUCAAUAUAACGUGGAACAACCGAACAAAUAUUAAAUAGUUAAAAAUAUAUAACUACACAUUGAUGUAUAUAAACAUCAGUAUGAUUUUAUCAAUGGUUAAUUAAUCACCAAAAAUUUAAAUAUUGUUAUUUAAAUUGUUUAUAUAAUAUGUACAAGUAUUGUGGAAAUUGGUCAUUUGCAUGAUAUAUAUAUUGAGCUCACACUGCGAACGAGCACACAUACUUAACAAGGAUAUACUCCCUACCCCGUAACCCGUAGCCCGUAGCCCGUACCCCGUGCCCAGCUCACAACUGCCGUUUAAUACCUUCUUACCGAUUAUGUGUAGUAAGCAUAUAUGCACAAACAUACACACACACACACAUACACACUACUCCGCAAGCUGUGUAGCGACUGUACGUUUACGUUGCUCCAACCUUUAAAACAAAUCUAAUCUUGAAUAACUUCUGUGCUUACGGUCCGAUCUUUUAAAUAUAUAUAUAUAUAUAUUGGGAACGCGGGGGGAGAAGGUAUCCAAAAAUGUAUCUUGAUCUGUGUAAACUACACUCUUAUAAUUUAUACUUUUUUAAUAUGUAUCUUGAUACAUAUUAUACUAGACUCUUAUAUUUUCCGUCCGACCUACUUGAGACGUAACAGCAAAGCUCCACCUAAAUUGGUAAUCAAUAUAGAGGGAAAUAUGUUAGGAGGUACCUUUUGUUAUUUAUCCGAUUGACUUUAAACGGCUAUUUUAGACGUGCUGCACUGAGUGGGGAAACGAUGACUACUGCCUGGAGUUGGGUAAGCAGAUUCCAACUAUUCCACGGUUGGAAAAUUCAAAAGUAAUAGCUAAAAUUUGAAGAAAAUCAAUUGUCAGAGGCAAAGCCCGGCAAUACCUGCUAGUUAACAAUAAUAGAACAAAGGAAAAAUAAUAGAAAUUUAUAUUUACAUGAAAUGGCGAGCGCUGAUUACAUACUUACACACAACGUACAUAUGUAUAAACUUAUAAAUUCCAGAUUCGGCUCAAUUUCCACUGCGUCAAUUCAGAGUGACCGAAUGUCAAUAGGGUAUAAUGGUAUUGGUGUUCAAUUUCGCGAGCCCUUUUGAUGGUGGAGAUAAAAACAUUUUUCAGAAAAAGCGAAUAAUAAUGCGAAUGUAAUGAAUCUACGAAACAUUAUGGUUGUCGUUGGCUAGUUAGUUUUUCUUCAUUUAAUAUCAUAAUUUCUUAGGCCGAACCAAAGUUUGCCUUGCAAAUAACUGUAAAGCAUGUUUGUGUGCAUUUACAUACAUAUGUAUAUGUAUCUAAGAUAUUUUGCGAUUAUGAAAAUAUUUGUAAAGAUGUGCCAGGACGUAAAUGAAAUUGUAUUUGUACAACAAAAAUUGGUUCGCCUAAUAUCUUUGUCGCAUAUAUUAUGUUGCUUUUGGAGAUGCAUAAUUAUCUUCUAUAUUUUAUAGUGUGAAAUGUGUUAACUUUUUAAUAGUUAAUAAUACUUUACGGGCAGCUACAUACAUAUGCGCGUAUUAAUACAUUUUUAAAACUGUGAUUUCAAUCAAAAUUAAAAACAAACAAAAGCCAACAAUAUUUUCUAAAAUAAAGUGAUAGGAAAUUAAGAUGGCCUACAUAUAGAAUCUUGUGGUUCAUAGCAAACUAAGUAGUUACGUACAUAUACAUAUAUGUAUGUCGACAUGAAUUGCGUAAAAGUAUGUGUGCUCCUCUUUAUAACAACAUGAGUGUGCAUACAAAAAUAUAUAUAUUGCGUACAUACAUACAUAUGUGUAUAUAUAUAUAUAUAUAUAUGCGCACGUAUAUAUAUACAUAACAGUAACUGUAUGUGAAGCGGGUUUAUUUAUGUAGUAAUAUAUAUCAAUAGCUGAUUAAAAAAAUGAGAUACCGUACAUUACUAAUGAUAUUCGACCUAGAAUAAUUAAGUGAUUUAUAGUAUAAAUGUGUUAUCAGUGUAAUUUCAUCAAGCGCGUACAACUAUUUACAAGCAUUACAACAGAUUAAAAGAAAAAAACAUAGUUUAAGUAGUUACAGGCUAUAAAUAUGAAUUGAAUAUAACGAAUAUGUACGCAUACAAAACAAAAAGAUAUACAAAUAUAUACAUAUGUAUAUGCAUAUUUAAAUGGAUCAAAUGCACUUUAUGGAAAUCAGUUAUUUAUUUAAGAUACCCAAGAGACAGUUUAUCACAUACCUAACAAAUAAUAUAAAUCUUAUCUAAAAUAAGUCUUUGAAA